UUUGGGGAUCUAGGGUUUGAGAGGGGACUCGGGAGAUGAUGCUGCGAGGUGGGCGGCUGGCGGGUUUGGCCUCUCGGAUGGUGGGAGCCAAGUCUUUCAGCACGGAGAUAUUUGUGAGCAGGCUAUCAUUUUACACGACAGAGGAAGAACUUAAAAAUAUUUUCACACCAUUUGGCGCUGUCGAGGAAGCUCGAUUGGUGAGAGACAAUCAAACUGGAAGGCCUAAGGGAUUUGGUUUUGUCAAAUAUUCAUCUCAAGCGGAAGCAGAGAAAGCUGUCAAGGCAAUGGAUGGAAGGAUCCUGCGGGGAAGACUAAUUUUUGUGGAAAUUGCAAAAGAACGUAAAAGCACAUAGGGGAUGCUCCAGCUCCAUCGCGUGGAACUGUAACAUUUUCCUGGCUUAAAGGCGUGUUUGGCUUGAUAUCUGGGCCUGUUCUCACAAACAAGACUCAGCUUUUCGAAGUUCAACUGCAUUGUGGCUAUUGCUGAGUACUAGUGAACAAGGACAUUGCUACGAGGGCGAUGGUUAAGUUGAUGUCUCAUUUGUAACUGAUUUAUACGUAGAACUGUUGACCGCUGCAGUAAUGUUACUGGCUACUUGGUACUAGCAUUAUACUCCUAUUUGUGAGGGAUGUUGGAUGAGCUAGAUACUCACCGCUGUUUCCAUGUUGUCUUCUGUGCCAUUCAUAAGGCAGGCAUCUAUUAUAUAUA